AAUGAGAUGGGCUUCUUCUGUAGAUUUCAGGCUUUAUUUCGUGUUGUUUUUUAAGGCCUGUUCACGUUAAAAAGAGCAUUAAAAAAAGAAAGAAAACAUGGUGGUGGUGGUGGGGUGAAGCUGGCAAUGGAGGUGAGGUGAGGUGAUACGAUUGCUGGCAAUAAUGACGGAAAUGGAGCGAGUAGUGGAUUUUUUACAGGGCCGAGUUACGGCGAUGUACAGGUCUUAAAAGUUUGUAUCUUUUUAACGAUAUCGAAAAAUUGAAGAUUUCAUGUACAGAUUAAAAUAAAAAGCCUGCAGCGGGAGGUCGAGGUGGAUUCGACUUUUAAUCUUUGCUGGGCAGCAUAUUAGGUACUAGUGCUGGCACUAAUACUAAUUGUGUGGGCGAGACUGGAUCCCGCGACCUGGUGGUUGCGAGAGAGCUGCGAAGAUCUAUUGUUAGGUUUGCCAUUGGAAUCUUAUUCUGUAAUGCACAUUAUCAUCCAUCAACUGAAGCUUGUUCCCAGGUUUAUUACAAAUGGCACAGCAGGGAACCGGUGACAAUUCUCCAGCAAACUGGGGAUUCACAUCCUCAAAGCUGCCUCAGUUGCCCCCUAAAAGCCCACCGUUUAUGGGUUCCAGUGGUCAAGAUUCCAAUAAUAUGUACAUGGGCUGGCAUAAUUUCUCUUUCCAGGGGCAUAGCUUGAAACAUCAGCGCACGCCCUCCGUAGGCUAUCUCUCACAAUGCCAGCCGUCAUGGAUUGAUGAUCUGCUGGACACGCCCUCUGAGACACCAGCAAAGAAGGGUGCCCACCAUAGGCGAUCAGCAAGUGAUUCGCUUGCAUUUCUGGAAGCCCCCACAAAUUCCAAUCCAAUAGAGGAAAUUGCAGAGGAAGAUGAGUUUGAUUGCAGAAGUGCAGCAUCUAUACCUUCCAAAGGAUCUCAGGACUUUGAUAGAUUGGAUGAGGAGCAGCUAAUGUCCAUGUUUAAUGAUGUUGAGCCUUUCAAUAAAAGUCAGUCAAACCAAUCUUCUAAUCCUCCUAAUCAUCAGACAUCUGCUCUGGAUAACAGAUGUUCAGACAGACAGGCAACGUCGGAGAAUCCCUCCACUCCAUCCGAUCACAAUAGCAUUAAUGAGCCUUCAGUGGAAGAGAAAGUAAUGACUGUAUCUGGCCAGUUCAAAAGUGAGCCAGAAGUUCAAAGUGUUAACAAAAGUGAGCAACCACUACAGACCGCCAAGACUGAAAUGCCCUCGUCAUCAGCAAUGGAACUUGACCCAAACAUUGAUCCAAAACGGGUUAAGAGAAUUUUAGCGAAUCGGCAAUCUGCACAAAGAUCUAGAGUGAGAAAGCUUCAGUAUAUUUCAGAACUUGAAAGAAGCGUCAAUGCACUGCAGACAGAAGUGUCAACGCUCUCACCUCGAGUGACAUUUCUGGAUCAUCAAAGAGUUAUUUUGAAUGUUGACAACAGUGCUUUGAAGCAAAGAAUUGCUGCUCUUGCACAAGACAAGCUUUUCAAGGAUGCACACACUGAAGCAUUGAAAAAGGAGGUGUCAAGGUUAAGACAACUAUAUCAGGAGCAGCAACAACAUAUGCAGAAAGAAAUGCACGCAUCCUCAACAGGGUCAUUUGAGUUGCAACAACAGCAGUUUGGCAAGCUCGAGCAAGUGUCAUCUUCACAGAUGAUGGAUCAAAAGCCUGACAUCUCUGAUCCUUCCCCAACUCAUCUAAAGAAUACAUCAGGGAUUUCAGACCAUAGAGAGAACAAUGCUGCCAAUAACCAUGCAGCUUCUGGUUCCCAAAUUUUGAAAGGUAUGAUGCCUUCAAGCUGUCUGAUGGGGGAGAGCAAUAAGAGCUUAGAUGAAAGAAUGAUGGGAGGAAUUUCAUCAGAUUACAUGGUUCACAACCCUUGAACAUAACAUGAGAGGUCCAAUUUAAAUGACUAUUGUGGUUAUGUGAUGCUCUUUCAGAUUGUCAGUCAUUUCUCUUUGUGUUUUGUUUGACACUUGUAAACCUUGACUCAAAUUUGUUUUCAAUAAUUUGCUUGAACACAUUUUUUUUGUAGCAGACGGAAGUUCUCCUAAAUAAACUUGGACUUAAUGAUUAA